AUGCCUGAUGAACAAUACCUGAAGCUCCAAGGAAUGUGGAUGUUACUCUUGCGCACCAUUUCGACUGAAGAAGAAGAUGUUGCAUGGUUUAGUCUGAAUGGUGUUCCCAUCCGCUAUUCUAUGAGGGAGCAUGCCCUCAUCUCGGGCUUAGACUGCCAUGAGUAUCCAAGGAAAUAUUUGAAGCUCGGGAGUACGAAGUUUGUGGAUUAUUACUUCGGUGGACUAAAGAAGAUCACCAUAACAGAUGUGGAGCAGAAGCUGUUGUCUAUGAAGACGCCAUGCAAUGAUAGAUUGAAGAUGGCUGUCUUGUUCUUCCUUGGUCGGGUUAUCAGAGGACAGGCAAAGGAUUCCGGACCAGUAGACCCGUUCAUCUUAAGGAUCGUGGAAGAUUUGGAUGUUUGCAGAACAUUUCCAUGGGGUCGUUUGACAUUUGAAGAUGCAAUAAAGAACAUUAAGCAUAUGAUGGAGCUUCUGAAGGGUGAAGUGCACCCGGCAUGCGGCUUUCCUGGAUUCAUAAUUCCAUUAGAGAUUUUGGCUUUUGAGUGUAUUCCUAAGCUGGGGAAAACAUUUCGACUAUCUGCAGACACACCUUCUGAAGAUUGUCCUAGGAUGUGCAAGAGCCGCUUUACAAAGAGUAGCAUGAAGGGCUAUCCUUUGGAAGAUAUAUAUGCUGCACUUGGACACACAAAGGUUAUUAACAGUGUGUUGGUGCCAACUGUGGGUGAGGAAAUCAUGCUGGCUCGUAUAAUUGAUGAGGAGCGAGAGUAUCAUUGUGAGGGAAGCACAAGUGAUACUUGGAACCACUGGCUUAAUGUGAAGCAGAAGAAGAUAUUUUGGAAAGAGCUAUACGAUUUAGAUGUUGCUGCACGAGUGUUUAAAAAGAAGAAGGACAAAGAAAAGGUGACGUUUUUAGAAGAUUCGUCUUCUAAAUCUUGGUUGGAGAGCUUGAAAGCUCUGGAAGAAAAGAUUUUGGGGGCCAUGAGUGAAGGGUUUUCUGGUCUUAAAUCAGUGGUGGAGGCAAACCUGGGUGAUAUGGAUGUGAGGAUGAGUAAAUUUGAAAAGAACCAGCACCAACUUAGAAGAAGGGCUAAGAAAAUAGAAGAAAAGCUGACUUCUAUUGAGAGCAACAAAAAUGAGGAGAGGAACUAUGGUGAAGAUAUGGAUUUUGGAUGGGAUGAUAGAGAUUAUGGUAGAGCUGAAGGGAAGGAAAACAGUGAGAAGGCUAAGGAAGACAAGGAAAACAGUGAGUCUGGCGAGGAAAAGGAUGUGGUCUCGGGUGGGGAAAACAGUAAGGAUGGUGAGAAAGAAAACAAUGAGAAGGGUGAAGAAGAGAAAGACCAAGAACCUGAAAAAGACAAAGAAAACAGUGACUCUGUUGAGAAAGGCGAAGAAUACGUGGAGGAAUCAGAUGGAGAAAGUUCUCUGUUAAGGCUUCAGGAAAGAGUGAGAGUGCAAGCAGAAGAAUUUUAGAGGACAAUUGAUGAUGAGUCUGAGGCUGAGGAAGAGGUUGAGAAAGAGGGUGAGGAAGAGGCUGAGAAAGAGGUUCAAGAAGAGAAAGAGGGUGAGAAAGAGGUUCAAGAAGAGAAAGAGAGUGAGAAAAAGGCUGAGAAAGAGGUUCAAGAAGAGAAAGAGGGUGAGGAAGAGGGUGAGAAAGAGGCUGAGAAAGAGGCUGAGAAAGAGGUUCAAGAAGAGAAAGAGGCUGAGAAAGUAGAAUCCAAGGGAACUCCUACCUCUACCGGAGUAAUAGUCAUUACACCACGUGGUAGAACUAAGGCAGCAGCUGCGAGGAAAGCAAUCUCUAUAUCACCAGAGAUUGUUGUGGUAACAGGGAUUGCUGAGCUAGCUGAGAAAGAGGUUGAGGUAGAAGCUACUCAGACAGAGCAAGAAGCUAUUCAGACUGAGAUUGUUGAGAAAGAGGCUGAGGUUACUGAGAAAGAUGCUGAGUUAGCUGAGAAAGAGGAUCAAGAUGUGGAUGAAGAGGAGGAAAAAGCAGAGGAAAGUGAAGAUAAUCCUGUGGAGAGUCCCGCUAAGAAACAGACUGAGUUAGCUGAGAAGUCAGUUGAGGUA